AUGGCAAACAAACCGAUCGUACUUCAUCUUGGCGACGCCAUCAAGUACAACCAUGCCUUUUACAAAGAUGAAUUCCAAGCGCGGUUCAAGGUUAUCCAGGCAACUGAGACAGACAGGGACGGCUUUAUAGAAGCACUAAAGUCAAUGAAGUACGGAGACUUUUCAGCGUUGUUUCGCCCACACUUCCAGACAGGAGGCUUCAUGGGCCAAUGGGAUGUAGAACUCAUCUCUCUACUCCCACCUAGCGUGCGAAUCUUUGCAUCCGCCGGUGCCGGCUUCAACUGGGCAGAUGUUGACAUACUCGGCGAACACAAGAUUUGGUAUGCCAACGGUGCAGGAGCCUCGGACGAGGCAGUCUCUGAUACCGCGCUGUACAUGAUUCUCAGCGUGUUCCGCAACUUCACCCGUUCGCAGCUAGCAGCGAGAACAGCAGAUCCAGAGAUAUUCACUGCGACUCAUAAGUUGAUUGCGACAAUUUCUCAGAAUCCACGAGGCCAUAUCUUGGGCGUAGUUGGAUUUGGAAAUAUCAGCAAGAAACUUGCCUUCAAAGCCCGGAUGGCAUUGGGGAUGAAGAUCCAUUAUUUCGACAUUAUUCGAGCCGAUCCGAAAGAGGAGGAAGAGUUGGAAGCGACAUAUCAUGAAUCUUUGGACGAUCUGUUGAAGAUUGCCGACUGCAUAACGCUGCACACGCCUCUCAACAAGCACACUCAGGACUUGAUCGACGCCAAAGCGUUGUCAUUGAUGAAACCAGGUAGCAGAAUCGUGAAUACGGCCCGCGGACAAAUUGUGAAUGAAGAUGCAUUGGUUCAUGCGUUGGAAACCGGACAUAUCUCUGCUGCUGCAUUGGAUGUGCAUUAUCAUGAGCCGCAGGUGUCGCCCAGGCUGGCCAAUAUGGAGAAUGUCACUCUCACUACACAUAUCGGGGGCGGUGCUUUGGAUACAAGGAUUAACUUUGAAUUGAAUGCUAUGAAGAACAUCCUUGCUGUGGUGGGACCGAAUGGGGAGUUUACUGGGGAGCCCAUCACACCUGUGAAUAGGAGGGCUUUCGAAGGGACAUCAUGA